GGCUCUUUUUGUUGUGCUUGUUUUCCUUUUUGUGUGUCCCAAUUUAUUGUGUCUGUUUCCAUUUAUCCCUUUGCAGAAAACAUUGGCCCCGUUUGGCAUCAGCGUUAGAGUUAGCGUUUUGAAAAGGCUAUCUAGCGUUGGCGUUUUUAGAAUUGAUCGACAUCAUUAAAAUUUUAUCCAAAACGCUAACGCUAAUCGAAAAUGCUAUUCCCAAACAAGGUAAUUAUCUGGUUCCUAAUUUCCUAUUGUUUCUCUCCUAAGUAUAAAUUUCAAUGACACAGUGUUUACCUUCUUAAUCUCUAUGUCCGCUCAAUACAGGCACAAAAAAUUGGACAGAGGAAGUAUGUUUGUUAUGUGCCUUCUACUAAAAAAUUACUUGUUUUUAUAUCUUGUAACUGGAGUUUUUUAAAGCUGAAGGAUUAGAUUUUCACUAUAACACAUAUGAAUUUUAAACUAAGGGAUGCUUUAUCUAGUUACUUCAUGUGCUCACUAUUUCUAGCUGCAGCAUCUAAAGUGAACUUAGUAACACUUGCAUAGGACUCUGCUUCAACGGAUACCAAAAAACUAACAUUUUAUAUCCAAAUUUAUGACAUAUCAUAUCAAAUACAAACAAUGAAAUUUUUUUUUAUCCAAAAUUAGAAUUUUCUUACAUAUGUAUUAAUGUGAUCAUUUAGUGCCUGUUUGGCAUCCACGUUUUUGGGCCAAAACGUUAUUGGGUUAAGUUUUACUGUUUGGCUUCCGUCAAAAUAGAUCUACGAUUAGAGGCGUAACUUCUCCCCUAUUCUUUCGCACGGCUAAACGCAAGAGGCUCUAGGGGAUGAGCGUUCAACCUAGAAGAUAAGCGAUUCCAAGAAAUUUUCCACUUCUACCCACGAAAAAUCUAGCGGGAAAGUUGGCGCCUUGCAUCUCUGAUCCAUAUAGCCGCGAUUUAACAGCAAAAAUUAGGGUUUAUUUGCGCAGUGAGUUACUCCAUGGAGGAAUCCAAUUCUUAGCAACUGUGACUGGGAGUGCUUGCCAUCUCUCAUCAUUAGCACCACUUGCUUUACUUGUGAAGUAACAUCUUGGCGAAGCAUUUGAUUUUGGAGUGGUUAUGGUUUUGGAGUUUCCAAAUUUUCAUGUUUCUGUAUUCUAAGAGUUCCUUGUAGAUGUUGCAAAUAAAUUUGUUUGCUGGCUCUUAUUUUGGUUUACACUGCCCUAAGGAAGCUUCUCAACUAAGCAGUGCUCAUACUAAGGUUACUUCAGUUUUGACAGUUGAGCUUGAUAAACAUUUGAGUGAAUGAUUGCACUGGGAGAAAGAAGCAUGGGUGUCCAGUAUUACUAAAAAAAAGUUUGGACAAAUUAAAUUUCACAUGCAUGCAUCAAUCUUCAACACUACUACUUGUGAGAGGUGUUGACCCUUUCGUCAUGGAAGAAAUCAAGCAAGACCGUGCUUUUGCACACGGGACAUUUUGGGCAGUCCUCCUCUGCCAGCAUAACAUACAUCAUACAUCUAGGGCACCCUACCACCACCAUCAUCUGCCCGGCCGCCGCCGCCGCCGCCAAGGGGCUGCUGUCUCCGCCGUCGUCCCCCUGGCCUAGCUCCCAAGACACGCACGAGCUCGGCGGUGACGGCUUCAUGGACAACAAAGAAGAUGAUCCAAUCAACGGCGGUGAUUGUGGCGGUGGACUGGCGGUGGUUCGCGGUGGCGAUAAGUUGAGCUCCAAAUCCAGCUCUGGACGGCGGCCCUCUUUUUUGGGGUUCAUUUCUAAAUUUUUUCCCCUUUAUUCAGAUAAAAAAAUUGGAGUUUGUCCGGAGUUUCCAACGAAUUGUAUUUAUAAACAAGCCAAAAGGGAAAAUUAAAGAAAAAAAAUCAAAGUAGAAAAUAUAGUCAACAAUGAAAAUAAUAAAUAUUUUCCUCAACUAAUACCACCGGCCACACGUACAAAAAAUAAAAGUCACACCAAGGAACUAAUUUAUUUAAUUUUUUUUACCAUAAAAUAUAUGAUCAACGAAAAUAGCGUUUCCGUUGACUAAGUAUAUUGAUUUUAUUUGUUUCAUCUGGUAAAAAGUAUCUUUGGAGUAUAUACAAUUGAUGAAAUGGAGAAUUAAAAUAAGAGGGGAAAAUUAAAGAAGAAGAGAAUGGACAAGAAAGAGGUGAGGGACAUAUAGGGUACACAUUUAGUGUACCCCUAGCAUUUUUCUAAUUUGUAACUUGUCUACUUUGAACCCUCCUUACAUUCAUCCUUUCAAGUAACUUUUAAAAAAAAAAUACUCGUACCAUUUACCAAACUACCCUUCCGGACCCAAACAAAACUAAGGUAAGAAACACAAUCAAAGUGAAAAGUCCAGCAGCUAUGCACGCCAAAUCCAACCUCUUCUCCCUUCUCUCCUUAAUCUCCUUCCGUUCUCUCUUACGCCUUUCGAAUUCCUCAUACCUUUCUUUCUCCUCUCCCU